GAUAACAAGUUACUUAAUAUAAAUUGUGACCAACUAUAAAUACGAAUCAAAUUGAGGACCAGUAUCAUUGUCUUACUCAGCUGGCGAUCAAGAGGAACAUCAUGCUCAGGAUUCUACUAGCUUGUUUUGUCUGUGUUUCAUAUGUUAUGUGUAUGACAACAACACAAAGACCUCACCAUGUUCAUAACCACAAUCACACACAUAACCAUUCGCACCAUCACACCAACACCACGAGGGAGCCUCCAGCGAGAGAAUCUUUCAAGUUUAUCUACGAGUCUCACUCUCAAAUGAUGGUUGUAGUUAGCGCCAAGGAAUGUUACGUAUUUGCAUUAAGCGACAGUGAAAAGUCGGCUAUCCACACAGACGCUGGUAUACGGGCAGUAGAGCUGCGUUUACUGAGCGCUUUAAGUACCACUGCUGUGACGACUAUAACCAGAGAUCAACUGGAUCCUAAGGCAGCACAUGCAUGUGGCGGACAUGCAACGACAUUCUACAAGGAAUCCAGUUCAUGAAUUGAUAAGAUUGUACAUGUGCAAGAAUUGAAAUAAAUGAUAAUUAAAUGUU